AUGCAUGAGCGAGAACUUUUGUUGAUUUGUAGGGGCAAGCAGGGGCAAACAAGGGCAAGUAGGGACAAGCAGGGGAAGCAAGGCUAUGCAGGAGCAAGCAGGGGCAAGCAGGGGCAAGCAGGGCCAGGCAGGGGCAAGCAGGGGCAAGCAGGGCCAGGCAGGGCCAAGCAGGGACAAGUAAGGGGCAAGCAGGGUCAAGUAGGGGCAAGCAGGGGCAAGCAGGGCCAAGCAGGGACAAGUAAGGGGCAAGCAGGGCCAAGCAUGGGCAAACAAAGGCAAGCAGGGGCAAACAAGGGGCAAGCAGGGGCAAGCAGGGGCAAGCAGGGGCAAGCAGGGGCAAGCAGGGGCAAGCAGGGGCAAGCAGGGGCAAGCAGGGGCAAACACGGGGCAAGCAGGGCCAAGCAGGGGGUAAGCAGGGGCAAGCAGGGGCAAACAAGGGGCAAGCAGGGGCAAGCAGGGGCAAGCAGGGGCAAGCAGGGGCAAACAAGGGGCAAGCAGGGCCAAGCAGGGGGUAAGCAGGGGCAAGCAGGGGCAAACAAGGGGCAAGCAGGGCAAGCGGGGGUAAGCAGGGGCAAGCAGGGGCAAACAAGGGGCAAGCAGGGCCAAGCAGGGGGUAAGCAGGGGCAAGCAGGGGCAAACAAAGGCAAGCAGGGGCAAGCAGGGGUGAUCGUGAGAUCGAACUGGGAAAUGGUGGGCGACAAUUAUGCAAAUGAUGCCUUGUUGCAGAACGAUAAAUCUCGCGGUUGCAACAAGCCCCUUUGCAACAUGGGCCCCUAG